AAUUACAGCGAAUCACAUUGACGUUUGUGUGUUAGUGUGACUUAUGUUGACAAAAUAAUAAGUUAAAUUUCAGUAGUGCUAGAUUGACCCAGCCGGACUUAUUUAAGACCAAAUACUUGCAUAAAAUAAAACUAUGUCGUCUCUUGUCGAGUUGCGUCCGAACCGGCGCCUCUUGGACCAUGAUUUUGAAGGUUAUAAAUUAAACUUACAAGCCUUACCACAUUUCUCGCAUGAUCUGGUCACUUCUGUGGACAGAGUUUACCCGGACGAAGUGCAGUACUCGUUCGUUCACGCUAAACUCUUUGCACUUCAUAAUCACCUAGUUCUUGACUAUUGGGAUUACUCGCUCAACUACUACUACAUCGAUAAAGAACAGAAGAUACGUCAUGUUUCUUUCGAAAGUACCAACCAAACAUUCCACAACGAUGUAGUGUACGACGUCCCCGCGCAUGUGGCGAGGCAGUCCGGCCACUUCAACCUGUGCCUGUCGUUCCCUUCCAACAGUUUGGCUGUAGUCAGUGAUGGCACUGGAUACUUGCAUAUUGUGAGCACUGGAGCAAGGACCAGACCCUCUGGAAGAAACCAACAAUGGCAAACUCUCCAGUCAAGUCUCAUUCUUGGUGAGGGAAAAUAUUUCAUCAUAGUGGACUCUAGAAUACAGGAGAAGGAUAAUACUGAGACAUUGCAUUGUCUUCUACAGUCUGUUGAACAGAAUGAAUCACAUUUCAACUCAGUGCUUACUUGGGUGUCCUUUGACAAUGAUGGCCAAGAAUGGAAGCAGAUGAGUUUUAGACAAGUUCAAGGCAAGGGUAUUGUGCACUAUGCUGCAAUUGAAACCAGUUGUACUGCAUUGUAUAUUGCUUCUGACAACACAUUCAAGUUCACAUCAGACUCUGAGCAAGAGAUUACACAACCAUCCAAGCAGGAGCCACGGACAGUCAUAUACACGUGGCUGCAGACAACAGAGGAUAUUACAAUCACUUUGAAACUUGAAACAAACUUCAACAGAAGCCUUUUGAUUGUAAAUGUCACUCCACUGAAUAUAAAAGUCAGUUAUGCUGGUAAAACAUUUGUUGAUGGAAAGUUAAAGCAGAAGGUUGAUAGUGAACUCACUACAUGGAAUGUCCAGGACAAUGGGCAGGUAGAUAUAUUAAUAACUAAAUCUGAAAGUAUGCUGUGGGAGGAACUGUUGGAAGGAGGGGACCCCAAUGGUGAGCAGGUCAUGGAUGCAAGCCUGGUGGAGGAAGCCCACCGGCGCCUGGCUCACUUGUGUGCUGAAACUGAGGUGACUACAGAACCAACAAUGCCAGGACUGUCCACACAAGAGUUAGAGGAGUGUGAUGCUGCCUCUGAGGAAGAUACUGUGCUAGUGAGGCUGGAUGCAACAACCCACAAUGUGACACACAGAGCUCCACUCAGUGUGCACCAGUUCCUGUUCAGCAUCAAAAUAGAAACACAAGAGGCACCAGCCCUAGCACUACGACACGACGUGGACGCCUGCCUCUGGCAACCCUAUGCACAACUGAUAAACUCCAGCACAUGGCCAAUGAAGCACCAGGGAUCCCUCAGUGCAUUUGGUUAUGUGCAGUCAUCAAAACAAAAUCGCAAAUUUGUGACAUGCCCCCCCAACUUCUCAUACAGUGUGGUCUGUGAAGCUACCAGACACAUAUUCAUUUACCAAAGCACCAGCAACCAAGACUGUCAGCUGAGGAAGAGGACUGGGGGUGGCAUGAAGAACAUCAAAAUUGGACAACAGCAUGUGUUCAACAUUGACAAGUAUGGAGAGGUGUUGGGGAUCAAUGCUACAAAUGAAUAUCUAUUCAUAUUAACAGAGAAACAUUUAGUAGCAAUACAAAUACAAUAAAAAUAUUUAUAAUAA